GAAAUUUUCAAAGAUCAACAAAGGUCUCAUCGUCUAUAAAGCAAAUAAAUAUUUUGUUCUACCACUUCAGUCUGAACCUUCAAAUCCCAAGGACAUUUUAAAUUUGAUACUGAUGGCAACACAUCGAUGGAAUAAAAACAUUAAUAAUCCACAGCCUCAACACACACUUUACACAGCUAUCGCGAAAAAACCAGCAACCAACAGUGGCCGAAGCGUGAGCAGACGUGAAUUUUGUUUCCGAGCGAAAAGAUCCUCAUUAGAACUUGGAUUACUUUUUUCUUCAACUCAGCAGUCGCUUAGUUGUUUGAUAUAAAAUAUGUGGCAUCUAAUGUGGUUGACAACAUUGUGUUUCGUGUGUUACUUGUCGGGAAUAAAUUAUGUCGUCGCUGCUCCAAUCGACAGUGCCGACGAAGCAGCGGAAUACCUGGAAAGAUUCGGCUAUUUGGAACGUGGGCCUCAGGACUCUUCUUAUUCGGAAAGUGUUAAAGCUGAAUCUUUCAUUGAUGCAAUUAAAGAUUUUCAAUCCUUUGCUGGAUUGAAGAAAACGGGUGAACUUGAUAAGGAGACAUUGGAAUUGAUUAAUAAACCGCGUUGUGGUGUUGCGGAUCGAACUCGCACCGGUCAUUCCAGCACUCGCCGGAAGCGAUUCGCCAUUCAAGGGAGCCAUUGGCCUAAGAAACAAUUAACUUAUAAAAUUAAGAAAUACACGGAGGAUAUGCCCAAAUCUGACGUAGAUCGUGAAAUCGCCAGAGCCUUUCAGAUGUGGGCGGACGUGACCGAUUUGACCUUCGUCCAUGUCAACAAUACAUCGGCUGACGUCGACAUCGACAUCCUUUUUGCGUCUGGAGAACAUGGAAGUUGCCCAUCCUUCAAUGAUGGCCCGGGUCGUACUUUAGCUCACGCUACCUAUCCCAUUUAUGGAGGUGAUGCUCAUUUUGACGAUGGUGAAACCUGGACGCUCGACUCUGUUAAAGGGACAAAUUUAUUCCAGGUGGCUACUCACGAGUUUGGCCACUCUUUGGGACUGGAACACACACAUGUAACCACGGCUGUGAUGUAUCCGUUCUACGGUUAUAGUUCUGAUUUCAAAUUAGACAAGGACGACAUUGAAGGCAUCCAGGAACUGUACGGGAAGAAUCAGUUCAGCAGGAAAUUGGCGCUUGAAUUAGAAGCCACUCUUGAGCUCUUUAGAACAACCGUGAACAAUUUGGAGAAAAAGAAUAUUGAACUGAGAAAUGAUUUAAUUGACACACGAACUAAUUUGAAUACAAAAUUAGAAGGACUAAAACCGAGUCAGCCGUCGAAUUCUUGCAGUUCUGCAUCUCCUGCCGUCCCGAUGGAGGAAUGGGACGUUAAUUCUUUCGAGACCAGGCCAUUAGUUCGUUCAAGCUUCAAUUGGGCGCAGUCUUUUGAAAUCGCAGAGGCCAUUUUCGACGGCCGUCUAGGCAACUGCAUGGGCGACCGGAUGAGACGCGGAUAUCAUUUGAGCACCAAUCAAUACCUGAUGUCGCAGAAUCGCCAAUUUGCGGCCAUCUUGCAGGAAGAUGGAAAUUUCGUCAUCUACAAACGUGACAAGGGUGGCAAGGCUGAAUUUUCCACAGUCACUGCUGGUAAAGGUGCCAAUCAAGUCCAAUUGCGCAACGAUGGCCACAUCACGGUCAUAGACAAGUCCAAGCCGGAAAGUCCUUUGUGGAAGAGUCGCAGGAAUGCGGAAGGAGGUGAUUGCUUCCUCAUCAUGCAGGACGAUGGAAAUCUGGUGGGCUACAAGGGGACCAACGAUACGAGUCGCUCUAAUGCUUAUUUUUCCGCUUGGAAUCUGAACCUGUAAUCAGGAUAAGGACAUUAAUAAAUAUACUUCCUUGGGUGUUAAGCAAUAUAGGCACCUAUACUUAUUGGUUGUAUAAGACUUAUAAGUAAAUAAACCUUUAUAAAAUCA